CGUGUGUGUGUGUGUCUGCGCGCGUGUAAACCUCGCGAGUCCGGGGGAGGAGGAGAAGGAGGUGGUGGGAGGUGCGCUCAGGUGACCGAUAGCGCAACUCGCAUAGAGAGACUCAGACUCCUUCCCUCCGUGCCCCUCGCUCCUCUCCUCUUCGUCUCCUCCCGCCUCUUCGGUCUCUGUCUCUGUCGCUCUUUCGGCGCGGACGUCACCUGGCCGCUCUUGAGGAAUAUUUCGCGGCCCCCCGCUUUGCCUCCGUCCGGGUGAUUGGGAGGCGAGAGGGUGAGGGGGUUCUGGGGGGGGGGGCCCAGGGACCCCGUCUCUGAUCUCCCGGACCGCUGACGAAGCCCGCGAGCCAGGAUCCUGCGUGGCGACUCCCGGAAGCUCCCGGAGGCUUGCGGGGCUGAGAUGAGCGGCGAGGAGAGGCGAGGGGAGGUGACGCGGUGAGACGCGGGCUAGGCGGUCCCGGCGGCACGGAGCAGCAUGCCCGACUCCCCGGCGGAGGUGAGGACGCCGAGCCGAGGCAGCCUCACGCCGCCCGCAAUGCCCCCACCGGGAACCCAGGGCAGCGCCCGGGCCGCCACCUUCACCCCCACGGCCAUGCUUAACGGCACCAGCAGCAGCCACUCCCCUUCUGCCGGCUCGCUUGGGGGGUCCCCCUCAUCCCCACCGACCGGAUACCAUGGCAGCAGCGGAGGUGGAGGAGGAGGAGGUGGGGGAGGAGGAGGUGGGGGAGGAGGAAACGGAGGUGGAGGAGGCGGCGGAGGAGGAGGAAGCGGAGGAGGCGGUGGGGGAAGCGGAACGGGGGGCCCUGCCCCUCUGCUGGGCCAGCCCCCCGCGCUCCCGGCAGCGUGCGGGGCGCGUCAGCUCAGCAAGUUGAAGCAUUUCCUGGCCACGUUGCAGCAAUUCAGCUGCGACAUCUCCCCCGAGAUCGGCGAGCGCGUGCGCGUGCUCGUACUGGGGCUGGUGAACUCCACGCUGAGUAUCGAGGACUUUCACGGGAAGCUGCAGGAGGCGACCAACUUCCCGCUGCGCCCCUUCGUGAUCCCCUUCCUCAAGGCGAACCUGCCUCUCCUGCAGCGGGAGCUGCUGCACUGCGCGCGCCUGGCCAAGCUUCCCCCCGCCCAAUACCUCUCCACUCACCAACACCUCCUGCUCGAGCUGGGGGGCCUGGUCGGUGCCGGGGUGGGGGGCGCCGCCCAACUCCCGCCGAUGCCGGCCGCUCACCCGACCCUGUCGGCCGUGGCGAGCCCCAACGGGGGGCCCUGCACCCCGGGGACCCCCGCGCUCGCGUCCCCCUUCGACUCCCCCGACCUCCUCCUGGAGCUCAACGAGAGCGGCAAGCGGAGGGGCGGCGAGCACAGGGUGCGAGAGAACGGCUCUCUCGACCGGGACUCGCUGGGACCCCCCGCUAAGCGCGGGUGCACGGCGAGCCCCGCGCAGCGCUACAGCCCUGGGCAGCAGCAGCAGCAGCAAGCCAUCAACGGACUCCCUCCUCCAUCCCUGCCCCACGGGGGCCCCAUGUCCCUGGGCCCUCAGGCCACGCCGCCUCCGGUCCCUCCUCCGGCGACCACCACAGUGGCCGGGCCCCACUACGCGCACGGCGGCGCAGCCGGGUCGCACCCCCCUCCGCCGCGCCUGGUGGAGGGCGUCCACGGGGUCUCCUCGCACCUCUACCGGGAGGGGGCACCCUCCUACCGAGGGGACGUGCACGACCUCCGCGACAGACACCGGUCGCUCGGACUGGGAGCCCCGAGGCAGGAAGAGGUCAUAGACCAUCGUCUCACUGACCGCGAGUGGGCCGAGGAGUGGAAACACCUGGACCAGUUGCUCGCGUGCAUCCUGGAGAUGGUGGAGAGGACGCGGCGCGCCCUCUCCGUGCUGCGCCGCUGCCAGGAGAGCGACCGCGUGGAGAUCGCGCGCCUCGUGCGCCGCUGCGGGGACGCGGCGGCGGCCGCCGCCCACGACGCCAAGAAGGGGCCGGGACCCCUCGGCGGGGUCCUGGGAGCGGGGCUCUCGGCGGGGCUCGGAGGCGGCGGGGGUGGGGGAGGAGGGGGUGGACUGGCUUCGGCGGCGGGGCGCGGCUCGGGGGUCGUGGGGGUCUCUCCCAAGCUUGCUGGGGUCGCGGCGGCGGCGGCGGCUCCCAUUGACGCAGUGCGAGAUCCUCCGAUCAGACACGGCAUGAGCUACAUGCCAGAGGAGAUCUGGAGAAAAGCCGAGGAGGCCGUGAACGAGGUGAAACGCCAGGCGCUGGCCGAGCUGCACCGCGCGGUCAGCGAGGCCGAGCGGCACGCGCGCGGCGCCGUGGCGAGCGAGCGCGCGCGCAUGGAGCGCGCCCUCGCCGAGGCCAAGAGGCAGGCGGCGCGCGAGUCGCUCGCCUCGGCCGGCAGGCAGGACGACUCGAGCGAGAGCUGCUGGAACUGUGGCCGCAAGGCGAGCGAGACGUGCAGCGGCUGCAACGCGGCGCGCUACUGCGGCUCCUUCUGCCAGCACCGCGACUGGGAGCGCCACCACCACGUGUGCGGGCAGGGCCAGGGGCAAGGCCAGGGGCAAGGCCAGGGGCAAGGCCAGUCUCAGGGCACGCAGCAGCAGCAGCAGCAACCUCAGCAGCAGCAGCAGCAGCAGCAGAUGAAACCGGAGCCUCCGUCCCAAGCCGAGGGGUCCCCAGGCGCCGCGCCGGGACCCCCGGGGGGCCGCACAGCGAGGCCCCCCAAUCCGCCGGCCGCCACCUCGGGGUUGGAGGAAGACGACGAGGAGGUGGCGUCGUCGUCGUCGCCGGCGGGUGACGCGGCCGAGCCCAACACCUCGCGCUAGCGUCGCCCCAUCGGCCUCCGCCGGCGACGCUCCGACGCCGACCGUGUGACGAUGAAGAUCGGAUCCAGCGGCGCGGGGUGGUUGGCACGGGGAGG